AUGGUCGCGUUUAGGAAGAUCCGAAGAAAACACUGAGAGGAUCCCGUCGUUAUCCGCUAAUCGAGAUGCCGAAUCAGCUUGUUAACCUUAUCGCGGUGUCAUGCAUGUUAUGACGUAGACAAAAAGAGAGAGAGAUAUAUAUUGCAGCCGAAGAAUUAAAUAUCAUGAGCAAGCUUAGAUUAGGGUCAGAGUAUAUUCCGUUAACGGAGGACGAUAUGAAGGCCCGCGUAAUCGUGCCGUUCUCCAAAGUGGCAUGGUUCACUGUGCUCUUGCCGUUUCUGGCCUUCCUCUUUUGUGUCGCCUGGUCGGUCUUCUUCAACUUCGAGCACUCCACUUCCACGCAUUGUCAGGUGUACAACUUUUUACCAUCCAUCUCGGCGGCGAUCGGCCAUUACAGACCCCAGAGGGAUGUCUGGAAGAUUGCUAUAGCAUUGCAAGCGAUAGUGAGGACUUUAGUAUUUAUGCUAUAUUAUCGUUAUUACAAGGAACAUGUUUACAAAUGGGCGCAGUAUUUAAGUAAUAUCGCACUUGUUAUGUACGCUAUUGAAAAUAUAUCUUUGGUGACACUGAGCUUUUGGACUUCCAAUGAGAAUUAUGCAUUCCACAAGAUGUCCUUCAUAACUUUUUUGAUAACAUCAUUUAUACAUAUGUUCUUAGCGUAUUAUAUUAUGAGAAGUUGCCUGACUGUUGCAAAAGAUUUUAAGGAUGCUUCUUUGAAGUGGAAAUGGAGAUCAAUGAUGUUGAAUGUAUUAUCUAUACUAGUAGCAUGUUACUUCUUUUAUAGGCAUAAUAAAUAUUGCGAGCCUUUAGUAUAUUCAAUGUUCGCUUUAAGCGAAUAUGGAGUUGUACUUUCAAACAUGGGAUACCAUUUAACUGCUGCGUUGGAUUUUGCCACCACGCGUCUUAUAAUAUCAGGAAAUAGAUUUAGAAUUAUAUAAAAUCUUUUAAAUCUCAUACAAUUUUAUGCAUGUGUAUGUAUAUAUAUGUGAUAAUUAUUUCAUAUAUUUCAAUUUUAUUGUAUUUGUACAUAUAUUUGAAAUCUUUAGGUCUUAUAAUUCGAUGUUCCAGUGUAGAAAAUUAUUUAUUAAUUAAUUUACACAGAGACAAAUUGUACUUUUAGAAUUCAAGAGUGCAUAGUAGCUUUUAAUGCCAGAUAUAUUUAUCAAUAUAUUUAUUAAUAUCUAAAGAGAUACAUUUCAUAAGACACUUUAAUGCUUAAGAGCAUAAAAAUUUUGUAUGUAAUUCUUUUGCUAUUAUCUUAUCAUGAGUUAUUUCUUAAAUAUUUAUGAUUAUAAUAACUAAAAUAUUAAUGUACAUAAAAUAGAUAUACAGAUAUAUAUAUAUAUAUA